AGUCCUCCAUCAACAGACAUGUCCUUGUCUUCUACGUCCUGGCAAACCUCACAAUGCAUGUCGCAGACAGUUUGGUUCAGAUCCAGUGCCCCGACGAAUCCUACCUGAAUGAGCCUACUAGUCUGACCUGCUCUACAUCUCAAGCCUUCUCUAACACCAUUUACAGUGCUCCAAUUGGGAGCAGUCCUCAGUGUUCACAAACGGGCUGCACACCUGUCAGCGUAUUCCAGGCUGUUCCUAUAAACUCAACUUACACUCAACUAAGGAUACUGAGCGUACAACACGGACAUGCGGGACAAUGGGGGUGUGCUGAUGGCGACCAUAACUUUUUUUAUUGUCGUCUUGUUGUUGCUGAAAAGAACCCACCAUGCAGCAUAACCGUUGACCGUCCAGAUCUUCUGCAUGGGAAGAUAUUACUGACAGUAACCAUCCAGAACUACUAUUGCUCUAUAGCUUUCAAGGGUUCACUCCGUGUCGGGAGCGUUCGGGAGACACUGUUUACAGAUGGACAUGUGCCUGGCCCUACAGAUAUCACCGCUGUCAAAGAAAUAAAUAUGACAAAAGAACACUUUGGGGAUGUACAACUGGAAUUAAUGUGCCAAAAGAGUAGGACAAUUUCCUGUGGAGGCGUUACAGUUUUACAUGGAAUUGAGGGAUGUCACGGGAAGAAGUAGACGUGGUCCAACACCUGAUGCCCCCAAACAGACUGAGCAAGGCCAUCCACAGUUCACUCCAGCAGUGGAAUCGUCAAGCUAUAAAUUGUCUUUGAGUGGUUUCAACUUAUUAGUAAUUCAUUAUAACUAGCUCUGAUAUACCUCGUCAGAUGACAAUAAAUAACUAGCCACGGGGAAUAAUAGCUGGGCAAUCAUGCAAAUUGUCUGGAUAGACUUGUAGUAUUAUAAUAACCAGCUCUGCUAUUCCAUAUGUAAGAUGAUAAGUACCUAACUAGCCACGGAAAAUUAUAGUUUUCCAGUCAUGCUGGUAUUAUAAUAACCAGCGCUGCGAUUCCAUAUUCUCUAUCAUCAUCAUAUAAAAACACUUGAUACUUUCCAUAGACUCAUGUUAAUGAUAUUGUACAAGAUUAUUUGAAAUUAUUAGCAUUGAAAUUACAAAAUAUGUGUUUGUAUAAGGAUCGAGGGGAGGGGAUGUCCAAUCGUGUUUUUGUUAAUAACAUUUCACUUUUGUUAUAUCU